UCUCUCUCUCUCUCUAAUCUCAAGACUAUAAGUUAAUAUUAUUACCAUUUCUUUAACCUUUUCCAAGCUCUUCUUGUCUUUGCAUAUUGGGGGAAAAAGAAUUGCACAGUAAUAUAUUUGGGGGGGUUGAAGUGAAAAAAGAAAAGAGUCGGUGAAUGAGAGAGAAGGGGUGUGAGAUAGAGAAGAGGGAGAGAGAGUAGAGGAGGAGGGAACGAAACAUGUCUGCCAUAGUGUGCGGGAAGAGAUCCUCCAUUUUCGAAGAUAAUCUCAGCCCACCUGUUUCCAAGAGAAUUCGUUGCUCUUCUUCUUCACCUGUUCGAUUCUCUCCGCCCACCACCGCAACUACUACUCUCUCUUCUUCCUCCACCUCCUUCGAUUUGAUCCACCACCUCACGACUAUUUUUCCUCACAUGGACCACAAGCUUCUUGAGAGAGCGCUUGAAGAAUGUGGUGAUGAUCUUGAUUCCGCUAUCAGAAGUUUGAAUGAGCUUCGUUUAGGAUCUACUGGUGAUAACUUGGGUUCUACUGCACCCAAAUCUGAUGCAAUACCGGAAGCAAAUGUUCAAUCACAAGGUGUAGUGACAGAUAAUGGAGAGGUCACACCUUGUGAGGAGCAAUCAGCUCCACAGAACCCUCCCAUGGAUGGUAAUGACUGGGUGGAGCUCUUCGUUAGAGAAAUGAUGAGUUCCUCCAAUGUAGAUGAUGCUAGAGCUCGUGCUUCAAGAGUGCUUGAGGUUUUGGAGAGAUCCAUCUGUGCACGUGCAAGCACUGAGGCCACCCAAAGCUUUCACCAGGAAAACAUGAUGCUGAAGGAACAAGUAGAAGCACUUAUUCAGGAAAAUUCAAUUCUCAAGCGAGCAGUGUCUAUCCAACAUGAACGUCAGAAAGAGUCUGAAGAAAGAAACCAGGAGUUGCAACAUCUGAAGCAACUGGUAUCCCAGUACCAGGAUCAGCUGAGAACAUUAGAGGUGAACAAUUAUGCAUUGACAAUGCAUCUAAAACAGGCUCAGCAAAGCAACUCCAUCCCAGGGCGUUUCCACCCUGACGUCUUCUAGUGGUUCUUGGAUAUGUUAAUUUGACCUGGUGGGUGCUUUCGACUGCUGUGAAAAAGGUAGUGCUAUUUAUCUGUAGGCACUACAAAUGGUAUCUGAUGUCCCAAUUGCUUUGUGGGGGGUUUUGCCCUCUUUGUCAAAUGGUAGGCAGUGAUGAAAGACACAUUUACUUUCAUUUGAAUACAUCAUUAAGGGUCACUUCUCUUUAUUGUUUGUGUCCUCGAUUUGAAUUGAAAUCGUUACACAUCAUAGAUGUUUGUAGGUAUAUGCGUUAAGAGAUCAAAUAAAUAUAUUGUAGCACUAUACCUUGAUAAAAAGAUUAGUGGUGCUUAAAUUAUCUCUAA